UCCAAAUCCUCCAUAUUGGUUAGCUACAAAGGCUUCUCCAUUAAGCCACCAUCACGCAGCAAUGUUUAUGAAACUUAUAGAUGAAAAUGAAUUGGGUUCACACUUGCAUUCAUUUUGUAAGCAGGCUAAUGUUGUUUGUUCUACAAAUGUAUUAGUAAAGAAGACAAUAGAUGAUACAACUCUACCACCAAUAGCCCAAUGGAAUGCUAUCAGAGCAGAAUAUGAUCGUGUUCCAAAUGAAACACCCUUGUGGGUUGCUAGCCGAGGGGGAUUGGCAUUUUUUCGAGAGUCAAUGAUGAAAGAGGGAGGUUUCAUAUCUGUUCCUGAUCUAAGGGACCCAAUGUCGUAUAAAUCGUUCUUGCCACGAUCUCUGUCAUCAAAAAUCCCAUUUUCUUUAGCUCAGAUCGAGGAAUUGAAGAAGAUUUUUGGUGUGGUUGAUAAAUCAAACAUGGAUAAGUGUAUUCAAGACACCAUCAAGUUAUGUGAGAAGAGCCCUAAUCGAGGCGAGCAAAGCAAAUGUGUGACUUCUGCUGAGGAUCUCAUUGAUUUUGUGGUUGAGAAAUUAGGGCACCAUGUAUGUGUAUGGAGUACUGAGAGCAUUGAAGGAUCUUAUGAGAAUGUAACAAUUGGAGUUGUGAAACUAAUUUAUGGAAACCUCUCCAAACCACCAGUCUUAUGUCAUAGUCAACCAUUUCCAUUUCAAGUCUAUUAUUGCCAUGUUUUACAGAAAGUAAAAGUAUAUGCUGUUGAUAUAUAUGCUGAGGAGAAAGUGAAUCAAGUGAUCAUGGUGUGUCACUAUGAUACAUCAACUUGGAAUCCAAACCAUCUUGCUUUUAAGCUAUUGGGUUUUGGCCCAGGCCUAAUUGAAGUCUGUCACUGGAUAAAUGAGAAUGGACUGGUCUGGACAAAGAUUUUAGGUUGAGCAGCAUU